AUGUUGCGGCCGUUUUCGAGAGCAGUUUUCGGCAGCCGCCGUGCCCUCGCCGCCUCCAAGCAGGAUUGCAAUGGCCGAUUCGGUAUUAGUCGGUCGUCGAUGUGCUCCGCCGCGGUGAAGCGAGUGGGCACUCAUAGUGGCAGCUUCCACUGCGACGAAGCUCUCGGCUGCUUCAUGAUUCGCCUCACGGGGAAGUUCUCCGAUGCUCGUGUCGUCCGCACCCGCGAUCCCAAGGUGCUGGAAUCGGUUGAUGCGGUGCUGGAUGUGGGAGGGGUUUACGAUCACGCCAGGGACCGGUACGACCACCAUCAGAAGGGUUUUGAAGAGGUUUUCGGGCAUGGAUUUAAUACCAAGCUCAGUAGCGCAGGUCUUGUCUACAAGCAUUUUGGAAAGGAGAUCAUAGCUAAGGAGCUUCAAGCCGAUGAAGACCAUCCAGAUGUGCACAGAUUGUUUCUUGCUGUUUAUAAGAACUUCAUGGAGGCCAUCGACGCCAUUGACAACGGAAUAAACCAGUACGACACUAAAAGGCCACCAAGAUAUGUAAAUAAUACCGAUUUAUCUUCUCGACUUGGUAAACUUAACUUAGAUUGGAUGGAUCCUGAUCAAUCAGCUGAGAAGGAAGAUGAAGCCUUCCAACGUGCAAUGUCUCUGGCUGGCAAGGAGUUUUUGGAUAGCGUCUGGUACCACGCAAGAUCAUGGCUACCGGCUAGGUCAGUUGUGAAGAAAUGUCUUGAGGAGAGGCUCAACAUCGAUCCGAGCGGGGAAAUCAUGGUCUUGGAUACAUUUUGCCCGUGGAAAGUUCUUCUGUUUGAGCUUGAGGAAGAAAUGAAAAUCAACCCGCCUAUUAAAUAUGUAAUUUAUCAGGAUGAACGAAGCAAGCGGUGGCGAGUUCAGGCGAUGACAGUAGCACCAGACAGAUUUGAGAGCCGCAAAGCACUUCCUGCUCGGUGGCGUGGCUUGACAGAUGACGAGCUAUCUAAGGAGUCGGCUAUCCCCGGAGGUGUUUUUGUGCAUAUGAGUGGCUUUAUAGGUGGAAAUCAGACAUACAAGGGCACGCUCGCAAUGGCGAAAGCUGCUCUUAAGCUCUAA